ACCUUCUAGAAUCGCGUAAACAUUUCAGAGUUGAUGUUGAUGUCGUGUUUGGCGUUCAUAUCUAGUAUCAGUAGCGACUUAGGUAACUAUUUUUAAUAUUUAAAUAAUUUUAUUGUUUAUAUUGUGCUGUUUCCAACGAUUCCGUCAAGCGGAUUACACGUUUUAACUCUGUUUUAUAAAGACUGAACAUCAUGCAGCUGUUUGUUCGUGGCCAGACUUUGCACUCUAUUCAUCUGAAUGGCUCAGAGACUGUUGCCCAAAUCAAGGCUCAGAUUGAAGCUUUGGAGGGCCUGGCGUGUGAGGAUCAGAUCAUUUCUCUCUGCGGGGCUCCUCUGGAGGAUGAGACUCUGAUGUGUCAGUCUGGGAUUGAGGACUUCAGCACUCUUGAGGUCACCUCGAGACUGUUAGGAGGCAAAGUCCAUGGCUCCCUGGCUAGAGCAGGCAAAGUCAGAGGACAAACUCCCAAAGUGGACAAGCAGGAGAAGAAAAAGAAAAAGACAGGCAGAGCGAAGAGAAGAAUUCAGUAUAACCGACGCUUUGUCAAUGUUGUCCCAACGUUUGGCAAAAAGAAAGGGCCAAAUGCUAACUCAUAAUUUGCCUUUAAAAAUGACUGUCAGUGUUCACUGCAUUCCUGAAUAAUUCACUUUGGCUGACUAGUAGGACAUUCCUGAUUGAAAAAAAAAAAUGUAAAAGCCAGGUGAUUUAUAAAAGCGAAUUAUUUUGGGCACUUUAUAUACUACAAUAAUUUGUCAUACAUAUGUCAUUGUAAUAUGUAAUAAACUGAAUCACUUUGAUGGGAAAAAAA